AUCUCUCAGUCGGAACCAGAGGGGUGGGGCCAGUGGGAUUUGCCCGCUGGCGGUUCUGGGCUUUGGAUGCAAAUAUAACGCCGCUGUGACUUCGCUCGUCUGCGUGGAUGCAGCUCGACGCAUCUCUGGACUCUAACGGAGGGGGCAACUGACGGGGGCGUCGGUGCGAAUGCGUCCAUUCGCGGAGCUCGUCAAGAGUGACGCGUUGCAUCGUAAUAUCUGUGUAUAAAUGUGUUCUUUGAAUACUUUUAAACAACCUUUCUCGGUGUGUUAUCAACAUCAUCUCCACUGCGCAGGAACUCGAGAGAGGGGGGAGAGAGAGAGAGAGACAGAGAGAGAGAGAGAGAGAGAGGAGAAGUGAAACGGUUCGUGUUUCUUUUUAAAUGACGGCAGACAGAAGUUUGAUGAUGGGGGGCUCCUGGAGGAGGAGGAGUUGUUUUUUCACCCAACGACUAACGGAUUUUCCCUUAUAAAAAAGGAAAUUGAGCAGUGACCGCUCAAUGAACGGCGACACCCGGGGACCCCGAGGUACAGGUUCCCUUCCUAACCUGCUGGUCCAGCCUGUGAUUCAUGGGUUGAACCCCCACCACCGUGACCUCCAUCCCACAGCCCUUCUUCAGGGGAGGGUCUGCCAGCAGCCGCGGUGCCAGUGUGAAGGUUUUUCGUGCCUUGGACUUAUUUGGACUUGCAACAACGGUUUUGCCCCGCGCCUCGCAGCAGAGACCGGAGUGAACGACACACAGAGAGCCUGAGGACGAAGGGGGGGACAGGGUGAAACAGAGACACAGAGGAGAGGAGGAAUCAUCCGUCCCAACAGGAGAGAGGUCCACUUGUCCCACAAAGGAAAGGGGUCCCCCCCCUACCUGAACCAUCUGGUCACGGGGGGGAAGGCAACAGGGACUAUGCAGCUGGGACUGGUGGCGCUGGCAAUAAUCUUCAUCAGCUCUAUGGGUCAUAGUGACGAUCUGAAGCUUUCAAAGGCAAGAAGGCAAAGACGGGUUAGUACUGAGGGGCCGCCAUCUUGUCCCAAAGGCUGUGACCGAUGCUCUGAGUACAAUGGCUGCAUCAAGUGUAAGCCCAAGCUCUUCAUCUUCCUGGAGCGCAAUGACAUCCGUCAGAUCGGUGUGUGCCUCGCUUCCUGCCCCGUGGGAUACUUUGGAAUGAGGAACCCUGAAGGCAACAACAGAUGCACCCAAUGUAAAAUAGACAACUGUGAAGCAUGUUUCAAUCGCAAUUUUUGCACAAAAUGUAAGGAGGGCUUGUAUUCGCACAGCGGACGAUGUUAUGUAAGCUGCCCCCCGAGCCUGCGCACCAGCAAUGAGACCAUGGAGUGUGUUGGUCAGCGUGCUUCAGACUGUGAAUUGGGCGAGUGGAGCCAGUGGAGUUCUUGUAUGAAGAAGAACAAAACGUGUGGAUUUAAAAAAGGAUCACAGUCUCGGCUUCGUUCGCAGCUCUCCACCUCUGACACCUCCCUGUCCUUUGUGCCCUCACAGGCCUGUGCGCCACAGACAGAGAGAAGGAAAUGUGUUGUGACAAGGAUACCCUGUAGCAAAGAAAGAAAGAAUAAAGGCGACCAGUCUGACGAGUCAAACCAGAGACAGAGGGACAACACCCGAGGGCGAGGACGACAAGGGAAAGACGGCGGUCGAGGUGGAGGAACUGGCGGUGGGAAAAGGAGGAAAGGCCAAAGCAGAACGACAACUGUUGCUGGCAUCACAACCAGCUCCGUCACCUAAAGUCCAGCACUGGCCCGGUGAGGCUGAGGCUAAGGCGCACACACAGAUGGCGGCCUUGCCCGGCGGUGCCAGAAAUGAGGUGAAGGAACGGAUAACUGCUGCUAUGAGUUGUAAACAAGGAAACAAAAGACUGAAGGAUGGCUUGAAGUGAGCUCAAUGAAUCAACAAACUCGACCCUGAAAAGACUUUUCUCCGUGGUAUUCUGGAAGACAUUUUUCAUCCAAUUGUGAGGGAUCACUGUUGGAGAGGCGAAGCCACAGUGCUGAUUGUGGUUCUUUUGGUGAACUGGAGAAGUUUAAGGCAGAACCAAAGCUGGAAGCCCUAAUGAAAAUGCUGGACCUCUUCACGCCGCUCUGGUUUGUUGUGUCGUUGCGUUUCGAUCGUGUUUUAAUCACAACGUGUUCUGAGUUUGUUCUGGUGUUGUUUUAAGGCGGCAGAUAGAUUUUUUUCUAACAGCUACUGACUGUGAAAAAAAAGGCAAGAGAACAAAAGAGGAUUUUUAAGAAGAAUCUAAAAGGCACUGGAUAUCAUUUGGGGGUUGGCGAAGACAGAAGGGUUUUUGAUGAGGGGUCGACUACAAAAUCAGCCUGAGGAGGGCGCGGAUUACUGCAAGUUCAACUCAUGCUCUUGUCCUUCAUGUUUGUCCUGAAACAGACUUUGCCAUUUGAUAUCUUUGUUGAUUUGGAUGUGAUGUUCAUGUAUCGGAAAAUAGCUCAGCACAGCAACAAGGAAUUAAAAAUAAGACAAAUAUUUGCAUGGUACAAGGUUACAAGUGCGUGCCAUUGUGCAUGCCACCGUGUGCGCGCGCGCGGAUGUGCGUGUGUGCGUCUCUGCCCACUGCCUGUUGUCUUUCAUGUGUUUCUUCUGGGAAUCACUUUUCUUGUCAACUCAACAUUCUUGCCUGAACGUUGCGCUAAUGCUCGCAUAUAUGUGCUAAUAUGGGUCUCAUACAUACAAUAACAUAACUAAGGUCUGAACGUUAAGAGCACAGAUGUGCACAGUCAUAUCCCAUCAUGCAGUAACCAGCCAGCCACAGAGUAUUAUAUAAGCCAUGGAAUCAUCAGCUGCUCUGUAACCAUGUACACGUCUGCCGCAGGGUCUGAAGAUUUUUGCACAACUGUAAUGUUUUCUACUGCUCAUCAUUCAGAACCGUCGCCGUCAUCAUACACACCUAUAUCCUGACAGCUGUCACCGCAGCAACGCCACUGCAGACGUGUUUCCUUUCUGCCUGUCUGUGGCGAACCCUGCGGGUCUGAAGGCAGACCUGUCAUCUGCUACGUUAUUCUUCAUACUAUGGAUUGUGAUCGUAAAUAUGUCACACUGUUUAUCAUCAACCGAGAGAAAUACUAGUAUCAUCAUGUAUACCUUCUUCAGUGAAAGUCUAAAUAAAGCGCAGACCAAGCUGACGGUACUUCAU